GUCUCGUGCGAGAGGAAGAAAGAAGGGACGCCUUCACACUCGUCUUCCGCAGCCGCUCCCUUUCUCCGUCCGUGCCAAAGGAAGAAAGAGGGGGAAAGAGGAGGCGCCAUCUCUUCCGUCUUCCCCAGCAGCUCUCUUCUGCCCUCGUCCCCAGCUAAGAAAGAGGGGUAAUAUUGUUUACGCUAUCUCUUCCGUCUUCCGCUGCAGCUCUCUUCUGCCCUUGAACCUAGCUUCCGCAGACCUCUCUCCCCCAACUGCCACUUCGUAAGCGACAAAUCUGCAGAUAGUUUUGGCCUUUUACUCCAUACUUUGAAAGAUUACAUUCUCUGGUUUACCAAAAGGGUCCCUUUGACGGUAUAUGUAGGGGAACAUGGAGAAACCGUCACUGAUUCCUCAAAAAAUUGUGAUACUGGACACAGCCUCUAAAAUAGCCCAAGGGUGGGUGAAGAGCAUGAGUGGAGGAGCAGAUGAGGAUAAACCUUGUGAAGAGGAAAUGAAGGGUCGACCAUCAAGGUUGGGUUUGGGAGCAAAGUUUGUUCCCCACUCAAAAGUAGCAGCAUCCUGUAACCCAGUUGAGCGAAAAUUACAAAGGAAGUUGGAGUCUGAGAAGAAACGAGUUGACGAGUUGGAAGAGUCUAAUGCUGUUGACGAAAGCGAAGAAGAUGACUUAGAUAGCAGAGCAAAUGUGUUUGCCAAGAGGCGGUCGCCAUUUUCAAUGUCCAAUAUGGAAUCUAAGUUGGUGCAUAAGUCAGGCAAGAGGAAGCGGAAAUGACUUGGUUAGUUGAGCUAUUUGCGAAGCUUUAGAUGCCUCAAGUUAGUUGAAGGCCAAUGAUAGUGAAAAACUAACUAGCGGUCUUGCCAUUGGUACGGUUUUGUAUCGUCCCUUGCCCAUGAGAUUGGCAAGAAAGCCAUACAUACAAGGAGGGAUCCGAAACGGCCCUUCUAGAUGGAGUAAUGCGUAUCAGUGAUACAGAUGGCCGGAAAAAUCAGUAGUGCAUAUGAGAUCUUAUUCUUGUGAAAUCAAACAUGUAAUAACUUUAAAAUAAGUGGUAUCUGCAUUUUCUUCUCUA